AUGAUCAUAGCUCAAAGGGACCACGGACGGACAGAGCCACAGUUCACCUUCCACCAGUUAGGGAUUUGUAGCGAUUAUGCCACAGAGCUUGAGCUUCCACUAGACACACCGAUUGAUGAAUAUGAGACUGCGAUUGCCCCAGCCCCAUGCCUUCGUUCAGCCCAUACCUUACCUGACACACCCGAGCCCGAUGUUGAGUCUGACGCUGAAGGUGCACCUAAGGUUGUUACCAUCAAGCAAGAGAAGGGCACCGCCGGGCCUUCUCGUCGUAAGUUGGUGGUUCCUCUGCCACCACGUGGCCAUUUAGACAGGCCUUCCAAGUGUCCUCGCUUCGACGACUCUGACCCAGAUGACAUUAUGAUGCAGCACACCCACGCCGGCACCAUCAUUGUUCCGUCGACCAAGGUCCUCAAGCCGCACUCGUCGAAAGGCAAAUCUCAUGCAAAGGGCUCCUCCAAGGCCGUGACCGUGAAGUCAGAGCUGAUUCGCGCUCCGCCAACCGUCAUCGAGCCUUCUGCAGCCAGUACACAACUCGAGCAGAUGAUUGAGCUUUCAUAA